CAUUGAUCAUGGCUAUCCCAAACACUUUCGUCGUGUACAAACGCGACGCCAGACACCUCGCCUACUGGUUGAUCCACGCAUCCAACUUCAUCAUCAAGACGCGGAAAAGGGACGACGGUGCCUGGGAGCCGUCGGUCGAGUUCAACACAACCGGACAGGUUCGUGUCGAUAACCUUCCAUCGGUAGCCAAGUUCGUGAAGAAACACAUGCAGACGAUACCGCCUACCACAUCCUGCCUUUUCAGGUCCGUCAUCGACGCAAGGGCGGAGCAUCUGGCUUUCUUGCGACGUAUUGUGACUGAGGAAGACCCUCAGUAUGGCAAAGACAUCAAGAUUCACGAUACGUUUAUCCAACUCGUCAUAGAGGCUUUCGUUGCCCUUGGCGGAGACGCCUGGAUAGAGACUGCGCAGCCAAGAGGUGAGAAAAUUCGAUCGAAUACCAGCAAUAUCACUCCAGAAAAGCUUGCCGACGCCAUCCAAUUCUCAGCCUUGGACUUGCAAAACCUAAGCCUCGAGAGCUCUAACGAGGAAUCAAACGACGCUAGCCGUGUUCCUCUUCGUGGAUCCCGAAGGCGAGCCCAAGCGAAAUCGGGAAGAGGUGGCAAGGGCAAGAAGAAGGCGAAGAAGGCUCCCGGUGCCCUCCUGAACCAGGUACCUAUCGAUAAAUACAGCAUCGUCGAAGCCGAUGGGAUUGGGGAAGCUGAGAAUUUUAUGGCUGCUUGCGCAAUCGUCAAGGAGUGCAUCAUCCUCAGAAACUAUCUUCAGAAUGUCUGGUGCGAGACAGCUUACUCCAUCAUCCGUGGAAACCUCGAGACUGCACAAGGCACAUUCAUCAAAGCUUUGGCAGAACUGAGUCCCGCGAGGCAGUAUGACGGAGCCAAGACGGUCUCCGUCGACUUGAAAGAGUACAUUCAGCUGGGAACCUACCGAGAUCUGGUUGACUUCAUCGAAGACUAUCAACAGUCACAGAAUGGGAAGCCGACUAAGAAGAUGCUUGCCAAGAUCAAAGACUGGGAUCCAACUUUUGAUCUACGAAAUGCCACCAAGAAGCAAAGACUGAAGUGGCGGCAUUCAUACACGAUCAACUGGCUUUACGAUCUCGUCAACUCCUAUACAGGACCUAAACACCUUUACGACCGAGGUGAUGAAGAGUGGGAGCGGCGUGAAGACUUCCCCGAUAGUCCAGGGACGGGGUCUGAGCCGGUUCUUGGCCUCGGGGAUUUCGCAUGCUUUGUCACGGCGUUGGCGAUCCAGCAGCCAGGAACGGAUGUUCUCCGAUACAUCAUGCCUCGUCACGUCUUUCAGCUACAAUGCAUUGUGGAUGCUUUCACCGUGUCAUGUGGCUGGACCAACAGCACUCGGCGGGGACAUGUCCUUGGACCACGAUGUCUAGAUACGCUUGGUCCGAUGGAAGAUAUUGAUGGGUUUUUAGGACGUAGACAAACGGGAAAUAGUAAUGAGGAGCGCAAUGGUAGUGGCAAUGGCAAAAAGAACGGCGGCACUAAACGGUUCAUCGGCGACAUCAAGCUGCACAUCGGCGACAACAAAAAGGACGACGACAAUCACAAUAACGACGAUCAGAAGUUGGGGGUCAGCAACGGGCUUCUUCGGUCUGCCAACUUGCUGGCUAAUUUUUACGGUAUAGAAAACCGUAACGUGCAUAGGCGGACAAUGAUGGAGUUCUUGAAAGUAGUUUGUAGAGAAUUCGACUUCCUGGGUCAGUCAGUCCCAAUGGAUGGCAACAUACUCCCGAUAUCCCGUUUCGAUCAUACCGGCCCCAAUGGUCUGUGGAAAUACUCUCCGUUUCUUUGUGGCGUGGGACUGAUGGAGGGUCUGGAAAGGGUUUACCGCACGAGCAUGCUCGUCUGGGACAACCUCGAGGAACCGAUGGCCAUGAUACAUCUCCACAACAUGCUUGUCCAACCCAAGCAUAUCAAACAGCCUUUGGCUCACUAUGGAGCAUUACAAGACAUGUUUCGAGAUAGCUUCUUCCCUGGCGGCCAAGCUCCACAGUCCAACUUCUCUGAAGCCUUUCUUGGCAGGGGAGAGCUCCUGUGGGGUGCUGGCAGAGCAAAACAAAAGCCGGCCCUCCCGGCAUCGGCAGGAUACCAUCGCGCAAUCGACGUCGGCAGAAACUUAGCCUUCAAUACCAAGUCUCAUUUGUUGCUUUACCGAGAAGCGGAAUGGAACGUUGAAUGGAUACCAGACAAUGAACUCAACCCACUGACUCGUUUGGCCUUGCUUCGCGCUUCUCAGCUAAUUACCGAUCCUCUUUUGAACCCAAGGACCAAGGGCCAAGAGAAUCUAGUGGACCGCUUCAAGAAAACUUUAGGUGUAGACGAUCAAGAGCUGCUAUCCCGAAUGAAUGCCCUUUUGAGGGAGUCAGAUCAAGCACAGUCCCAACAGUCCGAUACCAGACCGAAUGCUUUGCUGAAUGUAGUCGUGUCAAGGGGAUACCUUGAGCCUUCUCGAGUGCAAAUCCUCGAUUUAGUCAAAGCAGACCUACACGACGAUAUUGAUGGGAACCGCUCUUACUCCACAUUCAAUUACAUACUGUUGUAUGUCAAUAUGAUCGAAACCUUUGACAAAAUUGAAUACGAACUCGGAAGGGCACAAGAUUCUGACUGCCAGAGUAUUCUGGAGUUGAAGACAAGACUUCAGAUGGUCGAUGGACUGAUGCGGAAAGAGCGAGAAAGGAAGAGCAUCAAGAUCGUGGCAAAGGUCUUAGAGAGCCAGAGAGAGUUGCCAUGCCGCUACCCCCGGAACGAGAGGUCAGUGGAAACAUUCCCUCGCGGAGAGAAUGCCUCGGAUAUUGAUGGAACUGAGCUGUUGUGCUCAGUCAUGUGAGGAGUAAUGCUUGGACUGUGUUCCUUGGGGAGAAGCGGUUGGAUGCAUAGUCAAGAAAGUGCCGCGGAGGGUUAACUUGACUUACUACCCAGUUACAGCGUUUGCGUGAAUAGGAUUAUUGGGUACUCCUGAGUUGAUAGUCAAUAUUGAAC